AUGAGGUCAGCGUCAGAAGAGCCAGUCCCAUUACAUGAAGAAUUUAUCUACUGUUGUGGAGCUGCAACCCAUGUCUUAAAGUGUGGGCCCUGGAAAGACCUCUCAAAAGAUGAAAGUAAAAAUCUACCCAGGCUCUUAUUCAUGAUUAUUCCUGGUAACCCUGGACUGGCAGGUUAUUACAGGACCUUUAUACAGGCUUUAUAUUGUGGACUAAAUCAGCAGUAUCCUGUUUGGGUUGUGAGCCAUGCCGGACAUUGUAAGCCUCCUAGUGGUAUGGAAAUGAUAGAAGACACAGAUAUUAAGGAGCUAGAGGAUGUUUUUGGACUUAACGGACAAGUAGAGCAUAAGCUGAACUUCCUCAAAAAGAAUGUAUCAAAAGAUAUAAAGCUGGUACUGAUUGCUCAUUCUAUUGGUUGCUACAUCACACUGGAGAUGAUGAAGCGAGCAUCAGAACUUCAG